UCUCUGGGGCCUGUGAGUUGAGCCGGGCCGAGCGGGACAGGACAGCGGGCGGCACCGGCAUCGGCAGCGGCAUCGGCAGCGGCUGUGAGAGCGCUCGCCCUCCUCUGUGCAACAACAACAACAGCAACAACAACAGCAGCAGCAGCAGUGGUGCUACUGCACGACACGCGUCAGGAUGCCAGCUCUUAGCUGUCGAUUUUACCAGCACAAAUUUCCAGAAGUGGAAGAUGUGGUGAUGGUAAAUGUCCGUUCUAUCGCAGAGAUGGGUGCCUAUGUAAGCCUUCUAGAAUACAACAACAUUGAAGGCAUGAUUCUCCUCAGUGAGCUUUCAAGGAGACGUAUCCGAUCUAUCAACAAACUUAUUCGUAUCGGUAGGAAUGAAUGUGUGGUCGUGAUCAGAGUGGACAAGGAGAAAGGUUAUAUCGAUCUGUCUAAGCGCAGAGUUUCACAAGAAGAAACCAUCAAAUGUGAAGACAAGUUUACCAAAUCUAAGACUGUGUACAGUAUCUUAAGACAUGUGGCAGAAGUGCUUGAGUACACAAAAGAUGAACAGCUAGACUCCCUAUUUCAGAGGACAGCGUGGGUUUUUGAUGAGAAGUACCGGAGGCCUGGAUAUGGAGCUUAUGAUGCGUUUAAACACGCAGUUUCAGACCCUACCAUUCUAGACACUCUUGAUUUGACAGAAGAAGAGCGGGGUGUGUUGCUUGAAAAUAUUAGACGGCGUCUGACCCCACAGGCUGUUAAAAUUCGAGCAGAUAUUGAAGUUGCAUGUUAUGGAUAUGAAGGCAUUGAUGCUGUAAAAGAGGCGCUUCGAGCUGGUCUAGGAUGUUCUACAGAAAUUAUGCCCAUUAAGAUAAAUCUAAUAGCUCCUCCAAGAUACGUCAUGACUACCACCACACUUGAACGAACAGAAGGUCUUUCUGUUCUAAACCAAGCCAUGUCCGCAAUUAAAGAUCGUAUUGAGGAGAAAAGAGGAGUUUUCAAUAUCCAAAUGGAGCCCAAAGUGGUUACAGAUACGGAUGAGACGGAGCUGGCUAGACAACUUGAGCGACUGGAGCGGGAAAAUGCUGAAGUUGACGGAGAUGAUGAUGCAGAUGAAAUGGAAGCAAAAACUGAAGAUUAAUUACUUGUUGAAUUGUGGAAUUUGACAAAAUUCCAUUCAAAUACCAGACUCUUAAGCCAUCAGUAUUGGACGUAUCCAAAAUAUUUCAUACAUAUAUUUGAGUACUCAUUUGCCCUAACAUGACUGGAAAUUGUUCUGAACCUUUUCAUAUCCAAUAUAAAAUGAACCCGAUUAAUGCAAUUUUUUGUAAAGCUGUAACAGCUAGAUUUCUUUAAAGAAAGUCGGGCACUCAACUUGCUCUUUACUGUUAUUUGCAGCGAAACUCCUUCCAAUUGAAAACACCAGAAAAUCACUGCUUUCAGUUUCUUAAGUAUGUUGUUCUUUGGAAGAAGGGAUUUUUAUUUCCCCAAAAGAUUGUAUUUAAAACAUCAAACGAAAAAAUAAACAUUGGCAAAAUACAAUUA